GGGGGCUGGUUAGUGUUGUGGUAGCAGCCAGGGGGGAAGGAGUGCAUGCUGACAGGCUCUGGGGAGCUGAUUGGUUGCCUGUUCUGCUGCUGGUCGCUACUGGUGGAAGAUGUUGAACAAAACGGACCCCUGGGGCGCUGCACUUGAUACCAGCUGCCAGCUAGACAUGGAGCCAUUGAUUACUACCCUCUGAGCCCAAUUCUUCAGCCAUUUUUCCAUCCACCUUGUAGCCCAUUCAUCCAGCCCGGACUUCCUUAGCUUGCUUGCAAGAACAUUGUGGGAGACGGCAUCAAAAGCCUUGCUAAAAUCAAGGUACGCCACAUCCACUGGUCUCCCCGCAUCCACAGAGACAGGCAUCUCAUCACAGGAGGCAAUCAGGCAGCCAGGAGCCCGGACACCCAGAAGAGAUGGCUGCAGAGCUGCAGCCGGCGUCAGCCGCGGGCUUCCCCUUCCCGGCACCGGUGACGAUGGAGGAGCAGGACCCGGCUGGCCCUGAGUCCAGGGCAGGAGCCGAGGGGGAAAGGAUAGUCCCUUGUGCUGUCUGGACAGGGACAGGCAGAGCGUCCCCGAGGUGGGCAACACCACAGUGGGUGAAGCAGGAGCGGCUGGAGGAGCCCGUCCGGCACUGGCAGCUCCGGGAGGCCUUCGAGGACGUGGCUGUGUACUUCACGCCGGAGGAGUGGCAGCUGCUGGAAGCUGGAGACAAGGGGCUGUACCUGGACCAGAUGCUGAGGAAUUACCAAGCCCUCGUUUCCCUGGGAUACCGAGGUCCCACACCAGCCUUAAUCUGCCGCAUCCAGCGAAGGGAGAUGGAGCUCUGGGCCUGUGAUGAUGAGGAAGGUGGAGAAAGCUCGCUGUCUGCGGACAUGUCCCUCGCAGAUGCCGAGACACUGGGCAGAGCUGAGGAAGGUCCUGCCACGCUGAAGCUGCAGCAGGCUGGAAACCAGCUCCACACCCAACCGGGACACAGAAGAGUAGAGACCCAAAGGAGCAGGGAUGGAUGUGAAGGGCAGAGAGACCUGAAGAGCCACAAAGGCAUGGUUCCCGUGGGGCAGGGGCUGCAUAUAUGUGGAAAGCCUGGGGACAAACAGGAACUUGGGGCCCACCGGGGAACCCACUGGCGGGAGACUGCCCACACGUGUGCUGUGCACGAGGAUAACUUCCACCAUACGUGCCCUCUCCUCGGGCACCAGGGAAUUGACUCCGGGGAUCACCCACGCCUCUGCCCGGAGUGUGGGAAGAGCUUUGGCACCCUGAGCGACCUCCGAGUGCACCAAGGUGUGCACGUGAGGGAGCCGCUGUACCGCUGUGCCGAGUGCAAGAAGAGCUUCACCAAGUGGGAUCACCUCCAAAGCCACACGUGCAUGCACGUGGGGGAGACGGCGUUCCCCUUCCCACACUGCGGGAAGAGCUUCGCCAAGAGCCCCCCGCUCGUGCAACGUCAGUGCAUGCACCUGGAGGAGAAGCCAUUCGCCUGCAGCCAGUGCGGGAAGAGCUUCGCCAAGAGCUCCACGCUCACGCAGCACCUGCGCAGGCACAUGGGGGAGAAGCCGUUCUCGUGCCCGCAGUGUGGGAAGGGCUUCAUCAAGAGGUCCGACCUCACCAAUCACCUGCGCGUGCACACGGGGGAGAGGCCCUUCUCCUGCAGACAGUGCGGGAAGAGCUUCACCCACAGCUUCCACCUCACCAAUCACCUGCGCGUCCACACAGGGGAAAAGCCAUUUUCCUGCAGCCAGUGCGGGAAGAGCUUCACGCAGAGCUCCCAACUCACCACGCACGUGCGCGUGCACACGGGGGAAAAGCCCUUCUCUUGCCCCCAGUGCGAGAAGAGCUUCAGCAACAGAUCGACGCUCACGAGUCACCUGCGUGUGCACACGGGGGAAAAGCCGUUCUCCUGCCUGCAGUGUGGGAAGACCUUCACCAAGAGCUCCACGCUCACGCAGCACCUGCGCGUGCACACAGGGGAAAAGCCGUUCUCCUGCAGCCAGUGUGGAAAGAGCUUCACGCAGAGCUCCAAUCUCAUGCGGCACCAGCGCAUGCACACGGGCGAGAAGCCCUUCUCCUGCAGCCAGUGCGGGAAGAGAUUCACCGAGAGCUGCAAGCUCACAAACCACCUGCGCGUGCACACUGGCGAGAAGCCUUUCACCUGCGGCCAGUGCGGGAAGAGCUUCACCAAGAACUCCACGCUCACGCAGCACCGACACGUGCACACGGGGGAGAAGCCCUUCUCCUGCAGCCAGUGCGGGAAGAGCUUUGUACAGAGCUCCAUGCUCAUGCAACACCUGCGUGUGCACACGGGGGAGAAGCUGCUCUGUGCCCACUGCGGGAAGGGCUUCAUUAAGCAGUCCAAUCUCAACAAACACCAGCGCGUGCACAUGGGGUAGAAGCUAUUUUCUUGCACCCCGCUUCUGUCACUGGCACGUGCACAAGGGCAAAAAGCCGUGCCACUGUGCCCAGCGACAGAAGUGUUUCUGGCAGAGAUCUACCCUGAGCAAGUGCAAGGAAACCCAUGGUUUUUACCGUCCUUGAUUAUCUUGUCUCGUCCUAUGUCCCCUGCUCCUGCAGGAGAACCGGUUUGGAUGAGAUACUCAAUAAAUGAAAUAUCCCCAAA